AUGUCUUUUGGCUUUGGAAAUACUGCAAAUACUCUUGGUAGUGGUGCAGCUGGAGCAGGAGAGGUAUCUCUGGGGCCCGAGUUGGAGACUAUACAGACCGAGGACAUACCGGUCCUUGUGCAACGAUCGCGAGGAUGGCCGACUGAUGCUUUGCGGCUGCAGGGUCUUGGAUUCCUGCCUCUGGCUGGCGAGGCCAAGGUUCGCCUGACCUCACCAUGGAUUACUUUACCAGUUGCGACGUCGAGCCUGCUCAGUAUCGCCUCCCGAAAGGGCCUUGUGGCUGCCGCCGGCCCUGACGAAGUGAUUAUUGCUACGACCGAGUCCGUUCGAAAGGCUUUCAGCUCCCCAAAGGAAGGCAACUCUGAAGUUCGCGCCUUCGAAGCGCAACUCAGAAUCCCCAUGUCUAUGCGGAUUUCGCAUCUUGCUUUUACUGCAGACGAGAAUUAUUUAAUAUUGUCGGCAGAGACAGGUGGCGGCCUUGCGGUUUAUGAGGUGCAGAGCCUGCUCCAGCGGUCACCUAAUUCCGCUUUUGAGCUGUCCACGAAUGGCGAGUCACUGAGGUACAUGGUUCCCAAUCCCGUGUCGGAGAAAUCCGAGCUCUGUGCCGUCGUGACCAGCAAUGGAAAUUUGUACAUGGCAAAUUUCAAAGAGCGGAAGUUGAGUGGUCCCCUGAAAACUCAAGUCACUUGUCUCAGCUGGAGCGCCAAGGGCAAGCAGCUUUGCGCUGGUAUGGCUGAUGGGACAAUCUCUCAGAUGACUCCUGAGGGCGAAGGGAAGGGAAAUAUUCCCAAGCCUCCAGACAUAAAGGACUCUCAUGGUAUGGACAUGAUGUUGAACGUCCUCUCUUCUACAACAUAUGCAACUGACAUCGAAUUUCCAGUAUCUUCCCUCGUAUGGUUGGAGAAUAAUUUGUUCCUUGUCAUCCACACCACCACAAACGAGUCACUGGCUAGCGCUGUAUAUCAUAUUAUCAGUCGCCAAGCGCCAUCGUCAUUUACCUUUCAGAAACUGACGGAUCCCGUGGAGCCCUUUGGCAAGGCCGAAACCGCUCACCACUCCAUCUUGCGAUUAAGGGACUUCUUAGACCUGCAAGACCUUCUUAUCGUAUCCUCUACUGCCACAACAGAAGUCGGUAUUUUGACAAGGUCGAAGACGCCGUUGGCCAACGACAAGCCUGCAGACUCCAUCACAAAUGUAUUUACUACCACUGAAUUCUUGGAGGAUACAAGACGACCAACAUUACCUAUGACAAAUGCCAUGUAUGACUCAGUGUCUGUUGGCGUAGCUUUGGAUCUUUCCAGCAGGGAUCAGGUUUACAAGCCUAUCCCAUCAAACGAAGAACUAGACCAGUCCCCAGGACCUCUACCCGGGUUCUGGGCUCUUACUAAUGAAGGUGUUCUUUGUUCAUGGUGGAUAGUCUAUAACGAAGCAGUUAAGAAGGGGAAAAACUAUCCUGGUCUGGCAAUCAUGGAUAGUACAUCGCAACCUGAACUAAGCGCGACGCCUGCUGCAUCAACAGCUUCUGCCUCUCCUUUUGCCGCUGCCUCAACUCCUUUUGGUUCGUCUGCGACACCAACCGCAACUUCUGCCUUCGGAACUUCCUCGCAGCUGGGACAGAAAUCUUCGCCGUGGGGGGCCGCAGCGACGACACCAACAGCUCCCACAGGCGGCGCUACAUUUGGCUCCAGCACUUUUGGCAGCUCGCCGUCUGGCACAGGCCCAGCAUUUGGUAGAACCAGCUCCUUGGGCUUUGGUCAAUCCUCGCAAUUGGGCAUGAGAACGUCGCCCUGGGCCUCUGGCGCUGGUUCGAAGCCUGCUUUUGGACAGUCAGGUUUCUCUAGCCUAGCCAGUGGUGGCAACAGUCAAAGUCCCUUCGGCGCUGCCAUAUCCACUUCCACCAACACCAAUGCAGAAUCAUCUGCAGAACCAUCCACAGCAAUGUCAACCGGCGGCUUCUCAGCAUUCUCUUCCCAGGGUGGCUUUUUAUCAUUGGGUGGCAACAACAGCAGCCCAGGCGGAUUCGGGAAGGGCAGUAUGUUUGGCACAGGCGCUUUUGGCACCCCAACCAAAUCGAGUACCUCAGCAGACACCGCUUUUCCUGCUAAACAAGAUGACAAGCCACUCGCAAACCCAUUUGCGUCAUCUACACCGUUCAAGCUAGAAUCGUCUUUCAAGCCCGACCCGUUCCAAAAGGAUUCGAACGAGAUCGAGAUGGCUUCUACUACCUUUGGCGGGUCGAUGUUUGGAAGCGCAUUCGGAUCGGCUCUGGGGGAUGCCGCCGCCAGCAAGCCCAGUGAAGCCACACCUUUGGCCAAGGAUGAAGACAUGGACACUGCUGAAACCACUGAUGAGACUUCUCAGAUCAAGCCACGGUCGAUCUUCGCCUCCCAACAACCCCAAGAAUCUACUACUCCAACAACAACUCCCGCACCUGCCAGAUUUAGCUUCGCUACUACGUCAACUCCAGGAACCUCACUGUUUGGACCAGCGACUAAAACGGAAACACCCUCUACCGGCUUAUUUGGCACGCCCAAAGAUACACCCAAGCCUGGCGGGUUUUCUCUGUUUGGUUCGUCCACAGCUACUGAUUCAACUGUGACGGAACCGAAGGUCAAAAUCGAAGGGCAAGAGGAGCCCCCCCUGCCACCUGACACAACAAGCAAGGCUUCGUUUGCUAUGGGCGGCUCCUCAUCUUCCUCGGCAACAUCUAAUCCUAGCCAGCUAUUUGGAUCAACUGCUGCGCGUUCGAAGCCAGAUAUCAAUCUUCCGUCAUCCGGUUCUACAACCCCGAAACCCUCCUUAGCCCCAGUAGAUGUUUCUGCCACGUCAACCUUUCCCAAAACGAUCAAACAAUCGCAACUCCGCUCCAUGACUGACGUAAAGGCUACCGAGUCUGUCGAAAACCCUACAGUCGUUGAGGAUGCUCCACUGCCACCCGACUUCACCAGGAAGUCUUCAACUCAGACCUCACUUCCUGCUGACUCAGCCAAGGACAUUGAUGCGCCUGCGGCAUCAGGGUUCGUCCUGCCAAAGGCACCUUCGAAGGGGCCAUCGAGUGUACCCUCUCUCCCGGAGACUACCGAUGAGGACCAGAGUGAAUUGGGUGAGGAUGAGGCCUCGGAAGGAAGCGGCGUCGAUGUUGCAAAGGAUUUAAGUCCCGUCACCAGUGGUGUGGUUGUCACGCCUGGCUUCACCCCCCAAAGCUCGUUCGGCGGCAUUGCAGGGGCGACUCCGGCCACUGCCCGACCAGAAGGCAGAUCUCGUCCACUUUUCGGAGAAAUCGGUCUCAGUCGCGGUGCGCCCGUCUUUCCCAAGCCAAGUCAGGCGAGCCCUCGCUCGCCUAGUCCUGUGCGUGGUACUGUUCCCCAGAGAGUGAUUCGAUCCGAUGCCACACGGUCGGUUAGUGCACCGGGGAUGGCAUCACAGAUUCUUGGACCGAAGCAGUCUCAGAUGCACCCUGGCAGCUCCAUAAUCAGCGACAGGGAGAAACAGCCGCGAAGCCAGGAUCCAUUCAUGCUCCAGCAUAGACGCAUGAGAGAGCGGCAAGAGGCGGAAGAGACUCAGCUUCUGGUCGACGAUGAGGAUGACGAAAUGCAAAAGGUGCUCUCUUCAGAUGUUGAAGGCACCUUGCAACUUGAUGAAUUCAUUGCGCAUUCGAAUGUUGCCCCGCCUGCGAAAGAGAGUGUUCCUUCUCAAGUGGAAGCUGUGUAUCGUGAUAUUAACUCUAUGAUUGAUACACUAGGACUCAACGCGCGGGCGGUCAAGGCAUUCACAAAAGGCCACACUGAGAAUGCGGCGGAGGCUGGGCGGAGUAAACAAGAUCUUGAGAUUCCGGAUGACUGGGUUCUUUGCGAGAUUAAUGAGCUGGGCGAGGUCCUCGACAACGAGUUGCAUGCAGAUCUCGAGAAUGGUCGCGUGCUAGACCUGGACGACAAGUUGGACGCUUGUCAGGACUUGUUGCGAGAUAUGCAACGACUACGAGCCAAGCAAGAAGACCUCAAAAGAGUCAUCAUGACUCGAAUGGACCCAGAACAAGUCGAACAAGCACGGACGUUGCCCCUAAGCUCCGAACAAGCUGCUCAGCAGAACGAAUUACGGAGGGAGUUUACCAACUUUACGACGCUUCUGACAGAAGCAGAGGAGGCAUUGACUCUUCUGAAGACCAGAAUCACAGCUGUAUCAAGCUCGUCAGGCAGGGGAAUCACCAAUGUGCCCACAGUCGAAGCGGUUAUGCGCACCAUUUGCAAAAUGACCUCCAUGGCAGAAAAGCGAAGCGGAGAUAUCGACGUGUUGGAAACGCAGCUGCGUAGGAUGAGACUCGGAUCAGCAAGUCGUGAGGCAUCUCCAAUGGUGACGCCACAAGCAAGGAAAAGCAUCAUAAUGUCCCCAGACUCAACUCCGUCUCGCAACGUGCGUCAAAGCCUCACGAUGUCAUCUGGCGCUGUGUCACUGCACGCGGCGACGAAGGGCACGCCGCCAAGAAAGAAGCUAAGCGGGUUCAGCAAGGAAGAGAAGAAGGAUUUAAUGGAGACUCGGGCCAGGCGCCAGGCCGUAUUGGCAAAGUUGAAAGACAGUAUAGGCAAACGAGGCGUUAACGUAUGGAACAUGGAAGAUAUUGAAUAA